AUGAAGGUGUCCCACGCCACGUCGCUCCUCCUGGCUCUCGGCUCUCAUGCCGCGGCAAAGCAGUGCCACUGUUUACCAGAGGACAGUUGCUGGCCAGGAGAAGCCAAAUGGAGACAGCUUAAUGCCACUGUCGGCGGCCAGCUCGUCAAGGUUCAGCCCAUUGGUGCCGUAUGCCAUGAUCCAACCUACGAUGAAGCCAAAUGCGCUGAGCUGCAGGCCAAUUGGGAUGAAGUCGAGACACAUUACUUAUCUAUGUCAAGCUUGAUGACAUCCUACUCCACGGGUCAGACAUGUGACCCAUUUGCACCGCGAGAAUCUCCGUGCACCAUCGGAAACUACAACACCUAUACGGUCAAUGCGACCAAGGUUGAAGAUGUCAAGGCGGCGCUAGACUUCGCGAAGAAGAACAACAUUCGCUUCGUAGUUCGCAACACGGGCCACGAUUUCUGGGGCCGUUCCAUCGGCCAUGGUGGUCUCGCUGUUCGCAUUGCCAACCUCAAGGACAACAAGGUCAUUGAUUGGAAUGACAAGUGGUACAAGGGACCGGCUUUCAAAAUGGGGGCCGGCAUGAUGGGAUUCGAAGCCCAGCAGAUCCUCGAAUCUCACGGCUACGUCAUGGUCUCCGGAUACUGUCCCAGUGUCGGUCCAGCCGGCGGUUACGUACAAGGCGGCGGCCACAGUCCUCUGAGCUCACACUUUGGCAUGGCAGCCGACCAAACCCUCGAGUACGAGGUUCUCACUGCCGGCGGUAAACUCAUUCAAGCCUCUCGAACCGAGAACUCUGACUUAUUUUUCGCCCUCAAUGGAGGCGGUGCUGGUACUUGGGGCGUUGUCAUCUCUAUGACUGUCCGCGUGUAUGAGAUGCUACCCAUGGCCGGCGCGCAGAUGUUCAUCGACCCAACAACCAUGGAUCCGGAGGUAUUCUGGGCUAUGGUCGACAAGUUCUAUUCGCUCAUUCCGGACUUUACUGACCAAGGAGCUUACAUCACCUAUGCCUACGGACCGUCACACUUUGGUCUUUUCCCUUUCUCUGCAUACAACAAGACAGCCGCCGAGGUGGAGAUGAUGCUCAAACCCUUCACUGACUAUCUUGCUGAGAACAAUAUCACCCCUCUUUUCACGCUAUACAAUGACUCCCCUACAUACCUUCAGCAUGUAGCCACGAACUUCGCCAAAUCUCAACCUACGAAAGAAUGGCCAUCCGGCGGCCGGAUGAUGCCACGCGAGGUGCUCAAAAGCCCCACCCGCCGUGCCGAGCUUGUCAAAGUCAUGCGCAAGAUUGUGAGCACCGGCGCCCUUACAUCGAGCACAUCUAUGCGACCUCUCGACCGCACCGGCAAUCCAACCUCUUUGCACCCCGCUUGGAGAAACGCGGACGCGCUGGUCAUAAUGACCUGGCCUUGGGAGAACAAUGCCCCUGAGCUCAUGCAGCAAAAAGUCGACAUGUUUGCCAACGAGCUCUCCCCGCUCCUUAUCGAGGUCGCCCCCGAGAGCGGAUCGUAUAGCAACGAGGCUGAUAUCUAUAUGAAGGAAUGGCGCCACGAGCUGUACGGGCCCAAUUGGAACCGUCUUCUCCAGAUCAAGGAGAAGUACGACCCCAAUGGAGUCUUCUGGUCUAAGCACACACCCGGAGCAGACAUGUGGAGAGUCGAUGCCGAUGGACGCAUGUGCAAGUCAGGUUGCAAACCAAAGAGCAAGAUGUAG